CUGAGUAAAGGAGUAAGAAGCAAGGACAAUGAAUACUAUCAACUGCGACCAGGCUUUGGCGUACUGCACGGCCAAGUGGGAUGAGAGCAUCCUGCCUGCGCUGUCGGACUACAUCCGCAUCCCCAACCAGUCGCCCGACUACGACCCCGAGUGGGCGACCAACGGGUACAUGGACCAGGCGGUGGAGUUGAUGGUUGAUUGGGUGAAGCAGCAGGAUGUGGCCGGCAUUGCGCUGGAGGUAGUGAAGGAGGAGGGUCGGACGCCGCUCAUCUUUGCCACCAUCGACGCGUCGCCGGGCGUGGCGUCGGGCGAGACGGUCCUCCUGUACGCACACCUCGACAAGCAGCCGCCGAUGACCGACGACUGGUCGGAUGGCCUUGGCCCGCAUACGCCGGUUGUCCGCGACGGGCGUCUCUUUGGUCGCGGCGGUGCUGACGAUGGCUAUGGCAUCUUUGCCUCGGUCACCGCCAUCAAGGCGCUGCAGGAGCAGGGCAUUCCGCACUCGCGGUGCGUGGUUCUUGUCGAGGCUUCGGAGGAGUCUUCGUCGGUCGACCUCCCAUACUACGUCGACCAGCUUUCGGAGCGCAUCGGGGCCGUCGACUUUGUGGUCUGCCUCGACUCGGGGGCGUCCGACCUAGAGCACCUGUGGUCAACCACCUCGCUCCGCGGCGCCAUCAACGUCAACCUCACCGUCGGCAUCCUCAACGACGGUGUGCACUCGGGUGCGGCGUCGGGCAUUGUCCCGGACUCGUUCCGCAUCGCUCGCAAGCUCGUUGACCGCGUGGAGAACGCCGUCACCGGUGAGGUUCUCGGCGCGGCGUUCCAUGCCGACAUUCCGGCGGCUCGGCUGGAGCAGGCUGCGGCCGCCGGCGCUGCGCUCGGCGACUCGGUCCUGCGCUGUUUCCCGUGGGUCUCCGGCGCCGGCCCGAUGACCACAGAUCCAACUGAGGCCAUCCUGGCUAAGACGUGGAAGCCGACGCUGACGGUGACCGGCGCCGACGGUCUCCCGCCGUCAGCUGUUGCCGGCAACGUUCUCCGCGCGUCGACGACCCUCAAGCUCUCGUUCCGCCUCCCGCCCACCGUUGACUCGGCCGCUGCCGCGCAGUACAUUCGCGACGAGCUCACCCGCGAUCCGCCGUAUGGUGCGGUCGUCACUGUCGACGGCGAUCACGCCGGCUCGGGCUGGAACGCCCCGCCGGAGCCGGCCUGGCAGCUCGAGGCCAUGCACGGCGCCUCGCGCGCCUUCUACGGCAACGACGCCAUGUUCCUCGGCGAGGGCUGGUCCAUUCCCUUUAUGGGCAUGCUCGGCGAGCGCUACCCGAGCGCAGGCUUUAUGGUUGCUGGUGUGCUGGACGGCUCGGCAAACGCGCACGGUCCGGACGAGUCUUUUGAUAUUGGCUUUGCCAAGAAGCUCACCGCCUCGGUCUCGUACAUCCUUGCCUCGCACGCUGCGCGCUGAGAUGGGAGACUUGGCUUUGUAUUGACAUAAGCAAUAGAGCAGCAUCGAACACGUUUGGUGGUAGUAGCCUUGGGUGAUGGUGGGGUGGUGGAGUGGUGGUGGAGAGCGGAU